GAAAACCUAGACUAGCUGACAUGGCAAAGUCCUCUUUCAGCUACGAGUUGAAGGAAUCACCGGACUCCACUGUUCUCCACCUGGCAGGUCCCCACCACGGGCGAUACCAGCUGUGGACCCAGCGAGAAGGGGAACAGGGACUGCGGUGGCAUGGAGACACCUGCACCCUCCUUGGAGGUUAUCGUUGCUUUGGAGACCCUCCAAUGGCACAGUCAACAAAGGUUGGGGCGCAACCACCUGCCCCUCCCCAGACCAGGAAGUGGCAUGGAAGGGCCUCGGAGGAAGUCCGGCACCCCCAGACCGUGGCUGUGCAGAUAUCCGUGCCAGUGCCCAUAUCAUCUGCUCCUUCCCGGCCCAGGAAGCGGCCCCACCCCCUGGAGGAUUAUGGGCCGCCCCUGAAGAAAAGGAAGAGCAGCGACAUGGAGGCUUCUGCCCCUGGUCAGGUGAGGGCAGCGGAAGCAGCGGCCCAUGGCAGUGUUGGCUCCCUCAUUAGCGCCAUCCAGAGCCACGCUACCCCGCACCGACAUGGCCGACCAUCCUCCGAUCCAUCUUGCCAGAAGAAAUCGGGGAAGGGAAGGGAGCCUGCCUCCAGAUCCGGCGAUAAUGCUGCCAACUAAUCUCCAUGGCGGAUCGGUGGGGAGACACUGCGCUGGCCAGUCUCACACCACCACUGGCCUGCCAGCACCUUCACCGUGCCAUCCUCCCAGAUACCUCCGGCAGCCAGCACCGACACCCAUGCCACCCUCUCCGAUGCCUCCUCUGGGAUGCUGGCAUUGUGCCACGUUCCUUGACACCUUCUGGCUGCUGGCAUAGUCACCGUGCCACCAUCUCCAACCUCCUCCUGGCUGCUGGCACAGUGAUAGCCACCACACAUCCCUGUGCCUAAGCUAGGCCAUUGGCAUCACCUGCCCCAGUGUCUGUAUUGGGCCACCGAUGCCAGCUGCCCCAACACCUUCACCUUCACCUUCACCUUCACCCAACACCAGCCCCCUCGACAACUCUACUGGGUUACUGGUACCACCUUCCCCAAAGUUUUUUCUGGGCCACUAUUCCAGACAUUCAGACACCUCCUCUGGGGUCACCACACCAGCUGCCUAACACCUUCCCCCAGCCAUCACACCAGCCCCCUUGAUAACUCUACUGUGUCCCUGGCACCAUCUGCCCUGACACCUCCACUGGGCCACCAUUCCAGCUACCCGGACAUCUCCGGGCCACUGCACCAGCCACACUGACACCUCCGCUGGGCCACCAAUCCAGCCGACCAACACCACUGCUGGGUCACCACGACCACCUCCUUCGCCAAGUCUGCUGGGCCACCGCCUGGCACCUCCACCAGCCUACUGCACCUACUACCUCACCAACUCCAGUGGGCCAUCAGCUUCCCUCGCCUCGACAUCUCCUUUGGGCCCACACAAAUACAUAAAUAAAUACUCUGUUAUUUGUACCUCCCAA